AUGGGCUGGCUCUGGCCGUUCUCGUCGAGCGCAUCCUCGAAAGAAGCAGCACCGACGCAAUCCUCUGACCAUGGCGCGGACCACGCACCGCAAACCAGCAGCGUCGCACUCACGGAAGACCAGCGGCUACGCAUCUUUGGCAGACCAGGACCCGCCAUAACACCACAACCGCAGACCCAAGAAGACAAAGCCGACGCCGAACUCGAAGCCCUGAUAAAGUCCUUCGCCGCAGAAGCAAACGACACCAAAUCCUCACCAAACUCCACCCAAACCCAGACCAUAAAACCCGAACCAACACCAGAACCAGAACCCUCUCGCAUCCUCCCCGAUGGCUCCCUCGACAUCUCCCCCGAAGCAAUCUACCCACGCACAAUGUCCUGCCGGCAACAAUUCGACCAAGCCUUCUACUGUCAAUCGCUCGGCGGGAAGUUCAACGACAUCUACCGCUACGGACAUCUGAACUCGUGCUCGGAGCAGUGGGGAGCGUUUUGGUUCUGUAUGAGGAAUAGGACGUUACCGGAGAAGGCGAAAGCGGAGGCGAUUAAGAACUUUUACAAGGAGAGGGAUGAGAGGCGGAAGAGGGAGUGGGGGAGUAGUGAGGAUGUUUGGGAGAUUCGGAAAGUUGCGGUUGAUAGGGCGUUUUGGAAGGAUCCGGAUAGGGAGGAUGAGGAUAUGCAGGUUAAAGAGUGA